AUGAGUGUAGCCUGCAGUGAGGCACCUUUUGCAAAACUGACCAAUGCUGUCUGUGGGUCGUACAACAAGUCGUGGGUCUCUGUUCAUUAUUGUCGCCUGAAAGCCCAUUCCCGAAAUAAGACCAGCUUGAAUGUAAAUCUAACACUUUCUGAGCCAGCCUACAACAUAUCCCUUCAUCUGAAAAUGUUGAAGAAGGCCAGUGGGUACAAGCCGUUUCUAUUCGACUAUAACUUCGAUGCUUGCGAAUUUAUGAGGAGGCGAAACCAACCGUUUGCCAAGAUUGUCUGGAAUAUGAUCAAGGAUGUAUCCACGGUUAACCACAGUUGUCCCUAUAUGGGCUUACAAGUGCUUUCUGAUUUCCAUUUAACUAAAAUACCGCUUCCACUACCUACUGGAGAAUAUUUACUUUUAUUCGAUUGGAUCUUCCAUGGAAAACCGCAGUUCUAUUCAAAUGUUUAUUUCGCAUUUGUGGAGGAUCUGAUAACGGACACAUCAAGACGUGGAAGAUAUAAAAAUGGAACCUUGAUCGGAAGAUCAUCCAAAAACUACGGUUUUGUUAAAAAAUCAUCGAUUAAAAGUUAA